AUGCAGUUUGAAACAGCUACCACAAGCUGUGUUCGCCUUGACGAGUACAGACGCUAUCACUCGGCGCUCAACAUGGCAGCCUUAAACUUCACUGUUUUCAGUAUUCUUGUAGCUCUCCUUCAGUCACAUUUCCUGAUUGUGUCUCCCUGCAUGUCUUGCAUCAGUCCAUGGACAAGUUUUGGGAAUCAUUGCUACCUUCUUGUGACGGAUGAGAAGACCUUUGAUGAAGCUGAACUGUACUGUCAGAGUUUGUCACGCCUUGGUAGACCAUCUCACCUUGCAUCCGUUAUGAGCCAAGAGGAACAAGACUUUCUCCUCUUGCUUGCUACACCGAUAGACGGAACGGUGUAUCGGGCGACAUGGCUCGGCUACCGACGUGUCUCAACCACGGGUUCCUUCGCCUGGAUCGACGGUAGCCCUGCCGGGAACUACACCAACUGGGCCCCGGGAGAACCAAAUAACAUGGGUAAAGAGGAUUGCGUCGAGAUGUUUGGUACUUCAAUGUGGAAUGACAAGAGUUGUACGGAAACGAGGAGAUCCAUUUGUAAAAUACCUGAAAGAUUUCCAGUUGAAACGCGAUGA